CUAGAAGAAUGUCUUCCAUGUUGCACCUGUUUUGCAUAAAUAAAACCAUGGAUCCAAGUGAAGCCGAACCAAUACCCAAGCCAUCUAAGCUGAACCAUGGCUCAUGGACCUAAACCAUAAUAUGGCGCCAGGCCAAGCUAUUAUAAGUUAUAAUAACUUUAAAAUGGCUACACUCGCGCCAAAAUUCUACCAGUUGCCAAAAAUCCUAAGGAAACGAGACUCUCAAUUCUCUCCUCCACUACUACCCCAGACUGACCUCCUUUCUGAAUCUCUUCAUUCGUUUUCACUUGGGACUGUAUCUCCACAACCCGUAAUUUCUUAGAUAUAGCCUUUUCUGUUACACCUUCUGGGAUCCAUUUUUAGCCCUUAUGAUUAAAUGAGACGCCUCUAGGAAUCGCUUUGCAUUAUGUCUGUUUGGCGUGCUAUUCUCCGCCAAUUUGAUCUAGAAAGCGACCCUUUUACGGUCAUCUCUUUUUUCAAAGCCAUGCAAAGGGGGAAACGAAAUGAUUCACUCCGUGAUCCUUUUGUGUAUGCUUCUCUAUUAAAAGCUUGUAAUAGAGUUUUGGGUUUUAAAGAAGGGAAAUCAAUACAUAGUCGUGUAAUUAGGCUUGGAUUGGAUGGUAAUGUGAAUGUUCUGAAUAGUUUGAUUUAUUUUUAUAUGAGUUCUAAUAGGUCGUUGAGCUAUGCUUGUGUCUUGUUUGAUAGAAUUCCUGAGAGAACGGUUGUUACCGUUAAUUGCAUGGUUUCUGGGUUUUUGAAGAAUAAGCAAUUCGACAUCGGUUUGAGGUUUUUCAAUGAAGUUCUUGCUGGCGCUUUUGGUCUGGGUUUGAAGCCAAAUUAUGUUACUUUGAUCGUUUUGAUUUCUGGGUGCGUUGAAAAUGGGGGUUACAAGGUUGGGAAAUUGCUUCAUUCUUACUCUUCCAAGACAGGCUUCGAUGUGAUAAUUCAGGUCUGUAAUACGCUAAUUGAUUUCUAUUGCAAGUGUGAAUAUAUAGACGACGCUGCGAGACUUUUUGAUUCGAUGAUUGAAAAGGACUUGGUCACAUGGAACACCCUGAUUGCGGGAUAUGCUAGGAGUAAUGACUGUGGGAAAGCUUUCUCUUUGUUUAGAGAAAUGAGAUAUAGGAACAUUGAGUACGAUAGAGUGUCAUUCAUUAGCUUUAUUUUGGCUUGUGCUAAUGGUGGAGACCUCAACCAGGGGAAGGUGUCCCAUGGGCAUUUAAUAGCUAGUGGAAAAGAGAUAUCAGUUUCUCUUGGGACUGUGCUCAUCAACAUGUACUCCAAGUGUGGUUUGAUCGAUUUUGCCAAGAAAGUUUUUGAUGAGCUACCUGAUAACAAUAUUGCAUCUUGGAACUCGAUGAUACAUGGGUAUGUUGAAAAUGGAUUAACCAAGGAAGCUCUAUGGCUCUUCAAUUUGAUGAAAUGUAGGAACCGAGAGCCAGAUGAAGUAACAAUGCUAGGAUUAAUCUCUGCUUGCCGGAAAUCUGGAGAACUAUCUCAUGGCACUGAUAUUCAUUCCUAUAUAGCAAGUAACGAUCAUGUUAAUGGGAGAAAUGUUCUGCAAAAUGCUCUUAUAGACAUGUAUGCAAAAUGUGGGAACAUGGCUCGAGCUAAAUCCAUAUUUGAUAAGAUGGCGAAAAAGGAUGUUGUCUCAUGGACGUCAAUCAUAGUGGGGCAUGCUAUCAAUGGAGAAGGAGAGGAAGCCCUCCUCGCAUUUAGGCAAAUGCUGGCAGAGAAAGUUGAGCCAAAUUCUGUCACAUUCAUUGGUGUUCUUUUAGCAUGUGAUCAUUCGGGUCUAGUUGAAGUUGGUCAAAAAUUGUAUGAUACUAUGUGCAAGGUGUACAAUAUUGAGCCCCAGAUUGAACACUGUGGCUGCAUGGUUGACAUGCUCGCACGAGCGGGAAUGCUGGAGGAGGCCAAUAAGUUUGUGAAGGAAAUGCCUGUAGAACCAAAUGCAGUUGUUUGGAGGAUGAUGAUUAACGCUUGCAGAGUACAUGGUAACGUUGAUCUAGGGUUAAGUUUGGUCAGUAGACUAAUAGAGGCAAAGUCAUCAACCAGUACUCAAGAUCAUGUUAUUUCUUCUAAUCUUUUUGCUGAAGCAGGGAGAUGGGAUGAUGUUCUCCAUGAAAGAAACACAAUCACAGCUCGGAAAUGUUCAAAAGUUGCAGGAAAAAGCUCUAUUUCAGAUCUAAAAGAUUGAGGUCGCAAGGCAGUGUGCUUGAUGUGAUUAUCAAUUGUUCAAUGCAAGGUUUAACAUGAGCCCUGAGUUAGCAAGAAAAUGUGUGGCGGUACCUCGGUAUUUGGUCUAUUGUCAAAAUGUGAUGCGAAACCCUUUGGAGGACAAGGAAAAGAAUGCUGGAAAUAUUAAAGCUCUUCGAGGUUGUCUGCA